CUCAUUAGAGAUUGGGGCAAUGAGUAAGGUUAUGGACGUAAUCAGGAUGAUGAAUAAUAUACAUGAUAAUAAGAAUGGUGUGUCCCAUCAGUGGGUGUGUCCCCUCUGGUUAUACGCCCACCGUUUCCACUCAAGAAGAGGCGUGUUAUGAUGAUGUCAUGUGGGAUGCGGUAGCGCCAUUUUGAACUGUCUGUGGAUGGUGGGUGUCGGAAGGGUGGGAAGACUUGUCAGGGAGGGUGUGUGAGUGAGCGAACAAGACGGAACGUCUCGGUCUCACGAUUCAGUUUCUUCAUUUGAGAGACCGCUUGCACGAGUCAUAACCUGACAAACAAGCCCGGGAAUCCCUCUAGCCAUGGCAGGAGCUGGAGGUGGGAGCAAUGACGUGCAGUGGUGCUUCUCACAGGUGAAGGGGGCCAUUGAUGACGACGUUGCCGAAGCUGACAUCAUAUCUACUGUGGAGUUCAACCACUCAGGGGAGCUGCUAGCAACAGGAGACAAGGGUGGCAGGGUAGUCAUCUUUCAGCAGGAAAUAGAGAAUAAGCCACAGUGUCGUAGUGAGUACAAUGUUUACAGUACUUUCCAGAGCCAUGAGCCCGAGUUUGACUACUUGAAGAGUUUAGAGAUCGAGGAGAAGAUCAACAAAAUCCGCUGGCUGCCCCAGAAGAACGCAGCUCAGUUCCUGUUGUCCACAAACGACAAAACCAUAAAGUUGUGGAAGAUCAGUGAACGAGACAAGCGACCAGAGGGCUACAACCUGAAAGAGGAGGAUGGACGCUACAUAGACCCCAACACUGUCACUGCACUUCGAGUGCCUGUGUUUAGACCCAUGGACCUCAUGGUGGAGGCGAGCCCUCGCAGGGUGUUUGCCAACGCGCACACCUACCACAUCAACUCCAUCUCCAUAAACAGUGACCAUGAGACGUAUCUAUCCGCAGACGACCUGCGCAUCAAUCUCUGGCACCAGGAGAUCACAGACCGCAGCUUCAACAUUGUGGAUAUAAAGCCAGCCAACAUGGAGGAGCUGACAGAGGUGAUUACAGCAGCUGAGUUCCAUCCACACCAGUGCAACACCUUUGUCUACAGCAGCAGCAAGGGCACCAUCCGCCUCUGUGACAUGAGGGCAUCUGCACUAUGUGACACGCACUCCAAAUUGUUCGAAGAGCCGGAGGACCCCAGUAACCGCUCCUUCUUCUCUGAGAUAAUCUCUUCCAUCUCAGACGUCAAGUUCAGCCACAACGGGCGCUACAUGAUGACCCGGGACUACCUGUCUGUCAAGAUUUGGGACCUGAACAUGGAGAGCAGGCCCGUGGAGACGUACCAGGUUCACGAGUACCUCAGGAAUAAGCUGUGCUCGCUCUAUGAAAACGACUGCAUCUUCGACAAGUUUGAGUGCUGCUGGAACGGAAAUGACAGUGUGGUGAUGACGGGCUCAUACAACAACUUCUUCCGGAUGUUUGACCGGGGCCAGAGGCGGGACGUGACCCUGGAGGCGUCCCGGGAGGGCAGUAAGCCACAGCAGGUCCUGAAGCCCCGCAAGGUGUGUGCCGACGGGAAGCGGAAGAAGGAUGAGAUCAGUGUAGACAGCCUGGACUUCAACAAGAAAAUCCUCCACACUGCCUGGCACCCUCAGGACAAUGUCAUCGCUGUGGCAACCACCAACAACCUCUACAUAUUCCAGGACAAAGUGAACUAGAUGUUUUCUGUGAAGGCAGACAUCCACUACCUUCAGCCUUUAAUUUUAGUCAAGAACAAAAUGUGUGACAACAUCGCCGUCAACAACAACUAACCUGUCAUUGGACAAAACAGACUUUGCCAUGUUUCCAGGUGUGGAAAACAAACCAUAUUCUUGCCCACCAUCAGCUUCUGUGGCACAGUGACAUGUCACUCACCAUGAUAUUGUUUUGGUGGUGAUGUGCCAAUCUGUGUGUCGGCUGCCCAGUAUCGCCCAGCCCCAGGGCAACAUGGGUAACUUGUUUAAUUUAUAUGUAUGUCUGACAAGCACACUUUCUUUGGGGGGGGGGGGGUCGAGGGCUAGUAGAAAAACCAACACUCUGAGAACCAUCCCUGCCCCUUCAGCAGCACCUUUCAUUGUCUGGUGCCAUAGUCAUGUUUUUUUAUUAGUCAACUGCCAAACUGUUCUGUUUUAAUUCAAUUACAAGAACUGGUGUUCUGUUUCUAUUGUUUCUCAUACCAUGUAAUUCUCCAAGAGCCUCCAUCUCUUACUUACACACAGAAAUAUUCAGACACACAUUUAUCAAAGAGCCUAGCUGUUGCUGCUGUUGGUGUACUGCUGCACCUCAGAGGAACAGUCUAAAACAUCUACUGAGAGUAUGUAGUAUGACUGGUCCUACACUACAUGACCAAAAGUAUGUGGACACCUGCUUUUCAAACUUCUCAUUCCAAAAUCAUGGGCAUUAAUAUGGAGUUGGUGCUAUAACGGCCUCCACUCUUUUGGGAAGGCUUUCCACUAGAUGUUGGAACAUUGCUACAAGGACUUGCUUUCAUCCAGCCACGAGCAUUCGUGAGGUCGGGCACUGAUGUUGGCUGAUUACACCUAGCUCGCAGUCUGUGUUCCAAUUUAUCCCAAAGAUGUUUGAUGGUGUUGAGCUCAGGGCUCUGCCGGCUCGUCAAGUUUUUUUCUCGCCGAUCUCAACAAACCGCAUGCAUGGGGGCAUAGUCAUGCUCAAACAGGAUAGGGCCUUCCCCAACUGUUGCCACAAGUUGGACGCACAGAAUCGUCUUGAAUGUCAUUGUAUGCCGUAGCGUUAAGUUUUCCCUUCACUGGAACUAAGAGGCCUAGCCCGAACCAUGAAAACAGCCCCAGUCCAUUAUUCCUACACCACCAAACUUUACAGUUGGCAUUAUGCGUUAGGGCAGGUAACAUUCCCCUGGAAUCUGCCAAACCCAGAGUCGUCCAUCGGACUGCCAGCUGGUAAUGCGUGAUUCAUACUCCAGAGAACACGUUGCCAGCGUCCAAAGGUGGCAAGCUUUACACCACUCCAGCAUUGCACAUGGUGUUCUUAGGCUUGUGUGCAGCUGCUCGGCCAUGGAAACCCAUUUCAUGAAGCUCCCGACGAACAGUUCUUGUGCUGACGUUGCUUUCAGACAGUUUGGAACUCAUGAGUGUUGCAACCGAGGACAUACGAUGUUUACGUGCUUCAGCACUCGCCGGUCCCGUUCUGUGAGCUUGUGAACCGUUGUUGCUCCUAGACGUUUCCACGUCACAAUAACAGCACUUACAGUUGACUGGGGCAUCUCUAGCAUGGCAGAAAUUUGACGAACUGACUUGUUGAAAAGGUGGCAUCCUAUGAUGGUACCACGUUGAAAAUCACUGAGCUCUUCAGUAAGGCCAUUCUACUGCCAAUGUUUGUCUAUGGAGAUUUGCUCGCAGUGUGCUCGAUUUUAAAAUACCCGUCAGCAACGGCUGUGGCUGAAAUAGGCAAAUUCACUUAUUUGGAAGGAUGUCCACAUACUUUUGUGUGUGUGUGUGUCUGCACACACCACUAGCUCCACAACCAGUCUGUCUGGCCCAGUGAGGACUCCUUAUAACUGCUUGGGAGAGACUUUACUGAGUCUGGCAACCAGGGAGUACUUGCUGUGUCUCUUUAAAAAUAAAAAAAUCUUGGUUUUCUGUUGUCAAAGAGACAGACAUUCUGAGAUUUGUCAUAUUUAUAAAUGGAACACAUGUAAUAUCCGUUUUAUUCGUUUUCUUUAAGGUGAAGUGACAUCUCUUGAAGAUGUAUUUUAUAUUGUCAGGAGUAUCCCCUUUUCAUACCUCGCUUAAUGAUAUUUCUAUUGCAGAAAAGCAAUACUUCAUUAUAAGAAAACCUCAGUCAUUCCAAGUGCUACACAGUGUCAUACUUGAUCUGUGUCAUAGUACUCCCAAUAUUAUACAGAAAAUUACAUAGUGAAACGCUAAAGAUGUGUGUAGCAUUUCAUGAAGAACUGCCAUGAAAGAGGCAAUGUUAAAAAAAUAUAUAUCUGAAUCGGAGUGAAGUGGAACUCACUCACCAAGACCAUGCUCUAUAUGAUUUUGCUCGUUAACUUAUGUCUACACACAGUGCAAUUUGACAGUUGAAAUCAUGAUACCUCCAAUCAUGUUUGACAAUAAUUACAAAUAUAAUACAGCUGUUGUAAGUCUAUGGUGACAAUGACAGGAAUAAAGUACUUUAUUUUAAUUUAA